CUAAUUUAACAAGUAUGGGUUUGGUGGCAUGGCUCUGCUUCUCCGCACUCCUACAAUGUGUAUUAGUAGUGGGAAAGCAAACAUAUGUAGUGCACAUGAAUUAUUAUAUGAAACCCUCAUCCUAUGCAACCCACAAAGACUGGUAUGUUGCUAGCCUUGAGUCCCUCCCCUCCUCCUCCUCUACAAACUUUAGUCUCCUUUACAUCUAUGACACAGUCUACCACGGGUUUGCUGCCUCUCUUAACCCAGAGCAGGUCGAGGCCCUUCGCCGAUCCAACUCAGUUUUGGGCGUCUAUAAGGAUCAAAUUUACACUCUCCACACCACCCGUACACCCGACUUUCUUGGCCUCAAUCACCUUAAACAGACCCCGAUUGGUAAAACAUUGAUCCAAGCCUCCCAAAACGUCAUUAUUGGGGUCCUCGAUACGGGAGUGUGGCCAGAGUCUAAGAGUUUUGAUGACUCGGGCAUGUCACCGAUUCCAAAUACGUGGGGUGGCAAGUGUGAGACUGGCUCCGAUUUUAAUAGCUCGUGCUGCAACAGGAAGCUCAUUGGCGCUCGCGCCUUCUUCAAGUCAUACGUGGAGGCCACGGGACAAACAAAUAUUAGCCUGACACCUCGAGAUCAAGAUGGCCAUGGCACUCACACCUCAAGCACGGCGGCUGGGUCAUGCGUUAGUAACGCUAGCCUCGAUGGAUAUGCUACCGGGACAGCAUGCGGAAUGGGCCUAAAGACGCGAGUCGCGGUGUACAAGGUCUGUUGGGAACAAGGAUGCUUCUCCGCGGACAUACUUGCGGGCAUAGAACGUGCCACAAAGGACGGUGUACACGUGCUUUCAAUGUCAUUGGGAGGUUCGCCUGACCCGUAUUAUGAAGACGUCAUUGCUGUGGGGGCAUUCAGGGCAAUGGAGAAGGGAAUUCUCGUCUCUUGCUCCGCUGGAAACAGCGGGCCUGCCGAAGCUUCGGUAGUCAACGUGGCACCGUGGAUCUUGACUGUUGGAGCUGGAACUUUGGACCGGGAUUUCCCGGCUCAUGCCACGCUGGGAAACGGGAAACGAGUCGCAGGUGCAUCCCUUUACAGCGGUCAAGGGAUGGGCAAAACAGCAGCAUCGCUGGUUUAUGCAAAUGGGAAAAAUAAAACAUCGAGCGGACUUUGCUUUCCUGGUUCGCUUGAAGGUAACGUGGUGGAGGGGAAGGUGGUGGUGUGCGAUCGGGGAAUCAGCGGACGCGCGAAUAAAGGAGAGGUUGUGCGCGACGCAGGUGGGGUGGGGAUGAUAUUAGCGAACACAGCCGAAUUUGGGGAAGAGUUGGUGGCAGAUCCUCACUUGUUGCCAGCCAUGGCAACGGGGCAGAAGGCCAGUGAUUUGAUCAGAAGGUAUGCCGAGUCCGAUGAGAAUGCUACGUGUUUGCUGAGCUUUGAAGGGACUGUGUUGGACGUGCGACCGGCGCCGGCUGUGGCCGCGUUCAGCUCCAGAGGACCCAAUAUUGUGAAUCCACAGAUAUUGAAACCGGAUUUGAUUGCGCCUGGAGUAAAUAUUUUGGCAGCUUGGACCCAAGAAGCUGGGCCUACUGGUUUGGACAGCGAUAAGAGGAGGACUGAUUUCAACAUCAUUUCUGGUACCUCUAUGUCUUGUCCACACAUUAGUGGAUUAGCGGCCGUGGUCAAAGCAGCCCAUCCAGAGUGGAGCCCAAGUGCUAUAAAGUCGGCUUUAAUGACAACUGCAUAUACACUCGAUAACACCAAUUCUCCUCUCCUUGAUCUCGCAAACAAUUUAACUGCUACUCCAUUUGACUAUGGUGCCGGGCAUGUUAACAUAAUGAAGGCCAUCUCACCAGGCCUUAUAUAUAAUAUUUCUACAAAUGAUUACAUUACAUUCCUAUGCUCCUUAAACUACAACAUUAGUGUUGUAAAAGACAUCGUCAUGAAUCCCUUUGUUAAUUGUUCGGAGAAAUACAUUGAUCCAGGUCAACUAAAUUACCCAUCAUUCUCGGUUAUGUUUAAUAAAAAUAGGACCAUUCAGUACUCUCGAGUCGUAACAAAUGUUGGGCCUGCAAAUUCUGUAUACAAUGUUUCUGUGUAUGGACCACCCACUGUGAGAGUAACUGUGACCCCUAGCGUAAUUACUUUUAAAAAUGAAGGGGACGAGAGUAUGUACACAGUAACAUUUGAGUCAAUGAAGGAUGGAAAUAGGGAGGAGAGAUUUGCAUUUGGGUCGAUUACAUGGAGCAAUGAAGAGUACAAAGCCACAAGCCAAGUUGCUUAUUCGUGGGCAUAG